ACAACGGCGCAAUAAUUUUGUUGUAAAGUCGACUCGCCCGGUGUCCGUCAUUCAUUCGUGCGGCGACUCCAUCGCGUGCGUAACACUGUCUUAUCUUCAAUAAUAAAAAUAUUGUGUACAAAAUGGUGGCGAUCACGUUAACUAACCCGGUGGUGCAGUCCUACAUGCUGUAUUCCGCUAUAUUAGCCUUCAAACUAAUGUUAUUAUCGCCGAUGACGGGAGCCAUGCGGGGCUUACGACGUGUAUUUGCCAAUCCGGAAGAUGCGCAACUGUUGAAGGACAGCAAGGUCAAGUUGGACGAUCCAGUGAUAGAGAGAAUACGGCGGGCGCAUCUUAAUGACUUGGAGAACAUCCCGGCGUUCUGGGUGCUUGGUGCUCUGUACGUGACGACGGGCCCGGUGGCCGCCUGGGCCACGCUACUGUUCCGAGUCUACACACUGGGCAGGAUCCUGCACACCAUUGUAUAUGCCGUGGUGCCGCUGCCGCAGCCGGCACGGUUCCUCGCCUUCGUCAUCCCUGCAACCGUUUCAUUCUACAUGGCCUCACAAGUUAUCCUCUACUACAUUACAGCUUUUAACCCGGUAGUGCAGUCUUACAUCUUGUAUUCGGCUAUAUUAGCCUUCAAACUGUUGAUAUUGUCGCCUGUAACAGGCGCUACGCGUAUGUCGCGACGCGUGUUCGCUAACCCAGAGGAUGCGAAGCUAUUGAAGGGAGCCAAGGUCAAGUACGAUGACCCCGUGGUAGAAAGAUUCCGACGCGCGCACCUUAAUGACUUGGAGAACAUCCCGGCGUUCUGGGUGCUUGGUGCUCUGUACGUGACGACGGGCCCGGUGGCCGCCUGGGCGACGUUGCUCUUCCGAGUCUACACACUGGGCAGGAUCCUCCAUACCAUCGUAUAUGCCGUGGUGCCGCUGCCGCAACCCGCACGGAUCCUCGCCUUCGUCUUCCCUGCCUCCGUCUCAUUCUACAUGGCCUCACAAGUUAUCCUACACUAUAUUACAGCUUUGUGAAUCUAAGUUAAUGUAUUGAAAGUUUAAGUUAAGAGUUGAGUUAAAAUUAAAUGGUUAAUGGUGAAGUUAUAAA